UUCGGUAACUUCCACAACAGUUGUGUCUUAUGAACGCGACCAAUGGCGUUUAGUUCAUUGCUACGAGGUUCAUUGUUAUCUGUAAUCUGAGUAGGUCUUAUGUAUUGUGAGGUUAAAUGUAAAUGAAUAUUGAAAAAAUUAGCAGGUUAAAUGUGAUAUUUCUGUUUUAUUACAUAUUUCAACCUCAAAUGGUAGCUUAAAGAUGAAUCAAAUAACUCAUCUUUCAACAGAAGUUCUUAUUAAAAUAUUUGAGUACUGUCCAAUAUCUACUUUAGGUGUACUUCAAAGAACUUGUAAAAGGUUCUAUAAAAUAAUACAGAAAGCUACAACAUUAGGAAAUGUAACUCCUAUUUUAAGUACAAAUCAAUUACAUAGCGAGAUGCGAAACAGAUGUAACAAAUUUUUUGAUCUAAAACAUAAGUAUCGUAUUUCUCGAAACUGGAUGAAUGGUAUUUAUCAAGAAUGUAUAUUGGCCAAAGACAAGAAAAGGUAUAUUCCAUAUCUUGUCCUACAAAAGGACAGGUUGUGGUUAAGUAAAGCAAAUCGAAUACAUUUGUAUAAAAGGAACAGGCGUGGCAUGUCAUAUUCAACGUUUAUAGCAAUGCAGAGCAAGUCGGAUAUAUGUAAAUUUGCUAUACAGAAAAAUUGUCUUGUUAGUGGUCAAAGGGAUGGUAGUGUAUUUAUUUCGAAUUUAAAAUCGGAUCGUUUACAUUUAGAAAAUUGUCAUAGAUUGGAUAUUGAAGCAAUUAAUUUUGUCGACGAUUUUUUUGUAACUGGAUCAAAGGAUACAUAUGUGAAACUGUGGCCUUUAAAACAGGAACUUCAACAUCCUUAUGUACCAAUUUCCAGUGUUAGCGUUGGUGAUCGUAUUUGGUCAAGCGCGACAAGCUCGAAAAAUUCAUUACUAGUUAUAGGAACUGGUGGGCAUAAUGGUGUAGCACCUAUUCAAAUUUUAGAUUUAAGUAGAUUUACAGUAAUAUCGGAACUGGGAAAAGAUUUUCCCAUUGGUGCGGGCGUUUUGGGAUUGAAAUGGGAAGACCCACAUACGUUACUGUCGUGCGGUUAUGACAAAAGCAUCCGUAAUUGGGACAUGCGAAGUGGGCAGUGUGUACAAGUGUGGACAGAUCCAUUUAAUGCGACUAUAUAUUGUUUCGAAACAGAUAACUGCUGCACACUAGUAGCGGGAACGCAAACUAAUGGAAGAGUGGUGUUAUGGGAUAUGCGAACAGUGCGUUAUGUGCAAAUGUAUUUUAUGGAAGUUUGUAAGACAUCUUUUAAAAGCUCCCCAAUAUAUAGUUUAUCUUUUGACGCUUUUGAGUUGUUUGCUGCUUCGGAUUGCAAUUUAACAGUUUUAGACUUUUCUGUACAUUCAGGGAUAGAAAAAAAUUAUAAUAUGUAUGGAAUGUGA